CUGACCGGCCUCCAUCUCUGGCUGCUAUUUCUAUCACUCUUUCUUAUCAAAUCUACCUCCUAGCUUUGAGUUCUUCAAACUUUAGCUAACCUAAGCUAGCUCACAAACAAAAGUAGGACGAAUAUGAAGAACUUGUCAUCUCUUGGAGUAGCCCAAACAAUUCUCCUACUUGUGAUUUUCUCCAUUCUAAUUUGGACAAGCUCAAGCCUACGUGUGACGCCUCAACCUUCAAAUCUUCAAAGAAAAGUCGCUUCUGCGUAUAACAGAGAUGACGUCCGAACGUAUCUUGAGAAAGGAGGAAAGGAUGAAGUAGGAACAAAGAUGGAAAUGGAACUAUACCCGACCGGAACUGGCUCGAGCUUGCCAGACUGUUCACACGCCUGCGGGCCGUGCUUUCCGUGUAAAAGGGUGAUGGUGAGUUUCAGCAAAUGCUCGAGUACUUCGGAGUCGUGCCCGAUUGUCUACAGGUGCAUUUGCAAAGGCAAAUACUACCAUGUCCCCGGCCUCUAA